GAAGAGCAGAGUUCUAAAACUCGGUUGGGAGGCCUCGAAUUGGUGGGAGAGCGGGGCACGUGAAGCCCGGGAGUCUACCCGCGAGUCCCUGGCAAGGCCGGUGCUCCCCACUUUGCUCCUCGCCGCCCCCCUCCCCCCGCCCCCAACCGGCUUGUCGCACGGCGACCGGGCGGGCGGGUCCUCCGCGGAAGCACGACCCCGGGGGGCCUGGGCUGGAAAGUAGCCUGGGGCAAGGGAGGGAGAAGAAGACCUCGGGGGUGGGGGAGGUGGGGGGUCCUGCGCCCGGCGCGCCCAGCGGGGGAGAUGCUUUAUCAAGAGAGAGUCGGCCGACUGGCGGGUGUGUGACCCCGCUCUGAUUUGCAAACGACCCCACAACAUUGGGACCCCCACCCCCCACCCCCCAGGCUGGGUAGCGAGGAUUGGAGAGUUCUCCACCGCCUCGAAGUGGCCGCCGCGUCAGUUCGGGUGGGGAAGGGAGAGGGGGAGGAGCGGCGGGGGAGUGUCCGGGAGGGCGUGGACGGCCUGGGGGAGGGCCACGGUUUUUAACGGGUCCCUGAGCCUGGGAAGGUGGGGCUGGCCCAUUGCGGGGUGAGUGGAAGCCCGACUGAUGCCCAAGGAGGCGAGUCGGGAGCCUGCCCACACGCUACAACCCGGCAGGCGCUGCCAGCAGGUGUCGGCUGUCACUCUAUCCAACCGUGCACCUCGGCAACACCUGCCCUCCUGGCAAUGGACGUGGGCUCGCGUGGGCGGGGGAGCUGAAGUCGGCGCGGGAGGAAGCUUCGUGCGUGUCCCGCGGGGAUCGGCCGGCCUGCAGCUCACGCUUCGUGGAGGCCCAGGCAGGCAGGCUGCUGUGUGCGCGUGGCUGUGUCUAGGCCCGGCCGGAUGCCACCCUCUCCCCGAAGCUGGAAGUGGUCAGGCGCUCCCUCCGCUGGAUUCCGAGGUUUUAUCUACACCUCGCUUUAUCUUACUGACCUCUAGCCUGUGUGUGGAAGAAGGAAACUCCAGUCACUUUGCAGAGCGGACCAGGAAUAUUAACAGUUUCCUGGUGUUUCUCCGGUACCAGUGUUACUAUGAGUACCCGCUGCUGACCUACCUGGAGUAUCCCAUUCUCAUCGCACAAGGAAUCCGAUGGGACUGGGGAGUCAGGUGCUUUGGCCAGAGCCGCGUUCUUGUGGUCAAACUGAAAAAGAUCCCAAAUGCGCAAUCUAAGUACUUUCAUCAGCGUGGCCAGCAAGUUUGCUCAGCUCCAGUACCUGUGGAAGACCAGGGACUCAGGCACCGUGAGCGCCCUCACCUGGAGCCUCGCUGCAUACACCUGUGCAACAAGAAUAAUAACAACGAUAAUGACCACCGGCGAUCUUACGAUUCUCACACGUUUCGUGAUCAUGCUUGCUUUAAACGUGUGGGUAACCACCACGGUCCUUCGCUACAGGAAGACGGCGGUAAAGGCUGAAUAACAGAUGCACUGCCCCUCCACACGAAGUGGAUUCGUAAUAACUGAACCACAGCUCACUGCUGAAUCAAGGUCUCUUAGAAGUUUAGUCAAUUGCUUCAGAAACGCUGAAUUGAAGCCAGAUGUAUUUCGGACAGGAGCCACUUAAACACUUGUUGAGAAAUGUUGAUUUCCUUCCCACUCCUCCCCUUCGUGAGGCGGAGGCAGGUCUCAGACACCUGCAAGUCGAGCAGUCGAGACGACGCUCUUCAGCUUUCAGAAUCUUCUAAGAAAUAAAUCCUCUCUAGAGCACAAAUGAUUAUGAACGGAGUGGGAUUUUACUCAGUCAGAAGUGGAAUUGUAGUAAAUUACCAGGGUCACUUUCUGGGGCGUUUUUUUUAAUAUAGAUGUAACAGGAUGGCCUUGCUGGAUCCUAAUACAGGAUAAUGCCUCCUUAGGCUAUAGUAAGGAUAUCGAGGCAAGCAAAAACUAAUUGGCUCGAGUUUAUAUACCCAAGUAGUGCUAUAACUUCAUAUAGUGCCUUUAAUUCCUAAGGAAAGGUCGAUUGGCUGCAGUCUCUACAGCAGCAGGAUGAGGCAGUCCCGAUGAACUUUCUGAUUCAAGCACCAUGCUGCCAUCUUUAAGAGUCACACCUUUGAAAAACAAAAAUGUCCACUGAAAAUAGGUGCAGUAAAAGGUAUUGCUGGGGUGCUGUCAACUUCUUACGGAUUUUAUUCUUGUUAUAUUCUAAACGUGAUGUUAGGAUUAUUGGACACUGCAUUUUACCGUAAAAGUUUAUAAACGCUAGAAUUUAAAAGCUCUUUCCCUUUAUAAUUGAAUGGCAUUGUUAUAUGUAAUAAGUAAAUGAUGUUUAUUAGAAAAUGUUUUAGUGUCCUAUGUAAGAUCAAUAAAUCAUUCUGUAGUUUUUAAAA